CUUCUCUUCAAUUUACAUCGACUGCGACCUUCCGCCUUCAGCAAGAUGACAAUCAAUACCACCUACAAUGCAGUGCGGGCUGCGGCCGCGACGUCAAGAAGUGCAACUCUCUCCCGAACUGCUGUUCGAAGCGUCCGUCGGAAUGCGGCACCCUCCGCCGCGUCUUCGUCGUCUCCGAGGGCCUUUGCCACCGCUGCGUCCCGGCAAGCUUCGCAUCGGAUGAGCCCGUCGUCGCCUUCUUCUUCAUACUCAUCAGCACUGUGGAAGAAGCAGACUAAGACGCCGACUGCCAUGUCUGGUCAGAUUCGCACCAUGUUCAUCCAAACGGAAUCGACACCUAACGAGGACUCGCUCAAGUUCUUGCCCGGUCAGCAGGUGAUGGAGAGCGGGACGGCUGAGUUUCUAGACACCCGCUCCUCGAUGGCUUCCCCUCUCGCCAAGAAGCUGUUCGGAAUCCCUGGUGUCAAGGGCGUCUUCUACGGGCCGGACUUCGUCACAGUCUCCAAGGCAGAGGACCACCAAUGGUCGUUGCUCAAGCCUGAGAUCUACGCUUCGAUCAUGGAGCACUUUACAGCCGGACACUCGCUUUUCAACGACCCCAACUCGAGUCAGGGCAGCAGUGACACGCUGAUUCUCGACACAGACAGCGAGACAGUGGCCAUGAUUAAGGAGCUGCUCGACACUCGUGUCCGACCGGCGAUACAGGAAGACGGAGGCGACAUCGAGUACAGAGGGUUCGGAGAGGACACCGACGGAAUUGUCCGGCUUAAGCUCAAGGGCAGCUGUAGGGGCUGCGACUCGAGUACGGUGACGCUCAAGAGCGGCAUCGAGAGGAUGCUCACCCAUUACAUUCCAGAGGUCAAGGGUGUCGAACAGAUCUUGGAUCCAGAGGAGGAAGUGCAGCUUGAAGAGUUUGCCAAGCUCGAAGCGAGAUUGGAAAAGCAGCGGCAGCAGCGAGAAGCUGAACAAGGCUUCUCGCUUUGAAAAUACCGUCAGCUGGACUAGCAACUACUGCAAUCUAAUCUCUUCAAACACUGCAAUCUAGUGACAACUCGACGUCAGCGAUGUCAGAGCUCGAGACUUUUUUGCGAAG